AAUUUUAAUUCAUGAAGUUUGGGAAUUUGGAAUUGUUUACUAGAGUUAGGUCACCUUAACUAAAUACAAUUUUUAUUUUAAAGCUGUUGGUCAUGGUAUGGUAUUACUCACCAGCCCUCUCAAUCCAUAGUCUUACUAAUGUAAUAUGUUUUGUUUUUUGUUGCAUUUUCACUUUCGUUUUGCUAUGUGUUUUGUUUCGCUCUGUUUUGUGUACAGUAGAGGUGUGUGAAAAGGCACCGUAGCCUCUGCUCUCCUCACCUUAGAAACACAAGCAGACCACGUCAGCCUGUUUCUGACAAGCUGUCUCCAGCCAAAACACCCCUGACAGACGUAAUAAGCCUCCCAGCCGCAGCUGAGUGUGCCCUGACGAGCCAGGUUGGUCAGGCGUGCCACAAGAAACGGGGUGGAGGUUCCUCUAAGUAUGUCAAGGCACUGUACACAUAUGUGACAACAACAAAAAAAAAACAGAAAGGGGCGAGUGAGUGAAAAUCACAGGGGUGAGAGAUAAAAAAGACAGGGCAGAGGAGAGAAAGGUGAGAAAGAGAGAAAGAGAGAUAGACACAAAAGAGCGAGAAAGAGACAGACUUGGAACCCUUCCCCGUGUGGGUGUUCGUUUUUCUAUUUUACAGACAGUGUUCCUUUAAACGCCCGUGCCUGGAAAUCCCAUCAGAUGUGCAUAUAAAAUUUCCCUCGUGAUUAAUAGUAGAUGAGGCAGGGCAGGGCUGGGCUGGGCUGGGCUGGGCUGGUCUAGGGCCGGGGCUGGAGGGUACCAACAUGUGGCCGGGGCCCCGACGCCUGAGCUCCUCCUCCGCUGGCUCACGUUACACUCCAUAAACUUGCCACUCUUUCCCACCUAAGCGUUUAAAAGGGAGGAGGGAGCGCUUGUCAAGGAAUGCCUCAGAGCUGUGAAAACAGGCAGCCCAGAGCAAGCCCAGAGAGCGUGGAUGUGAGUGGAGAGAAAGAAAAAGAGAGAGUAAGAGAGAAAGAGAGAGAGAGCUAAAAGCUAACGCCUCAGUCUGUGCGUGAGGGAGGGUGUGCUUGUGUGUGUGUGGGUCUGGGUCUGAGAGAAGGAAAGAGGACCAGGGAGGCCGCCUCACACGUCACACCUCAGAGAGAGAGGGAGAGGGAAGGAGGGAGGGAGAGAGAGAGACAAAGUUACACCACAACUGGAGAGUGUGUGCUCAUACACUCACCACUCAGGCAAAACUUCAGAGUUCAGAGUCUCAGUCAGACAGGGAGAGAGAGAGAGAGAGAGAGAGAGAGAAAUAGAGAGGGGGAGAGAGGAGGAAAAAAAGAAAGCGAGAGCGAAAGCGAUAUUUCCACAGGUGGACACAAGCUUGCCCAGUGAUGUGCGUUUAAAAACCCGAUAAGGCGAAGCGGAUACUCCCAGCGCUGCAUUACCUCAGAGCCACCACCGACCAGCUGAUCUUCUGCACACCGCCGUCUCUCUCUCACUCGUCCUUGCACAGAGCCCUCUGGCUUGCUUGCUUGCGUGCGAGCGCAUGUGCGUGUGAGAGGGUGAGUUUUCUUGUGCCCCCCCUUUGUCGUCCGCCUGAGCCUGCGUGCGAAAAAAGAACCUGUCUAUUUUCCCAACCACCACCACCACCAGCCAUGGAUCAGCCAGCCAGCAGCUGCAUGCGGAGCUCCCACCCGGCCAACCCCAUCUGGGGCUGCGUGAGGAGCCCGCACUCGGGAGUGCCGACCGGCGGGCUGCAGCCCUACCAGCAGGCCCCCUUCUCCCUGCACCAGAAGCCUGACUUCCUGGCCUACACAGACUUCUCCAGCUCCUGCCUGGUGCCUUCGCCGCACGCGUACCCGCGCGACGACAGACUCUACCCCGAGGCCCACGGCGGCUACCAGUCCAGGCCCGAGUGGCAGUUUGGGCCCUGCGAGCCCAGGGGCCGCGGCCAGGAGCCGUGCCAGGCGGCCACGGUGGGCACGGGCGUGGGGCCCGGAGUGGCAGGAGGCCCCGAGAUGGACAGUGCGGGAGGGGACAGGCUGCCAGGCGGAGGGCCUGUGAGUGGGGGUCUGGAGGGGGACUACUCCCCACAGAGCCUGGGAGCAGGAGACACAGAGAAGAAGACAGCCAAGCGGAAGAGGGACAUCACAGAAAUCCAGGACUCCAACUUCAAGGCCGACUCCAACUGCAAGGCCAGGAAGGAGCGCACGGCGUUCACGAAAGAGCAGCUCAGGGAGCUGGAGGCCGAGUUCACCCACCACAACUACCUGACGCGCCUGCGCCGCUACGAGAUCGCCGUCAAUCUGGACCUCACCGAGAGACAGGUGAAGGUGUGGUUCCAGAACAGAAGGAUGAAGUGGAAGAGAGUGAAAGGAGGACAGCCUGCCUCCCCCCACGACCUGGAGGCCGAUGACCUUGACUCGGCUGCCUCACCCAGUUCGGAGUAAAAAUGGGCUUCCACUACGCUUCUUACCCCCCCCCCCCCCAUCCCUCCCUCCAUCUCUCCUUCCCGUGCCACCAGAGACACACCCUGCACACGCUUGACUGAUUAGACUGGGAUGCCACGAUGGCCACGAGGAACCCUUGGUCACGUUUCUUCUCUUUUGUUGUUAACCCCAGUGUGGACCUCCUCCUGUGGCCCAUGUGGAGGCUCUGGCCUGAGCCUUGGAACAGUCUGAGAAACCCCCUAGCCACCAUCCCCCCCCACCCCCUGGUCCAGCCCCGUCCUAUCCUAUCUCCUCCGAUCUAAACGUUCAUCCCCUUUUUCUCCGGGUCAGCUAAUUUCUAAGGAACUAUGACUAGCACACAGACUGGGAAAAACUUGGACUAAACCAAACGAGUUCCGGCUUUGGGUGUCAAUGCUCGUCAGCGUUCACACACGUUACCCAGUGAGCUCUUCUCUUCGUAACGGUGUAACAGCUUUCACCCCCUCAGUGAGGGAUACUGUGGCCCUGUGGUUGAGACUGGCUCACACAGCUGAUGUGGGUUGGGAAGUCUGGAAGCACCCACCUGCUGAAGGCUUAGACCCAAAAGACUGCCUCAGGAUCCCAUCAGCAUUACUAAACCAUGAGUGCCUCAACAUCCUCUCCUUCUUGUUUGUCAGGUUCUUAGAGUAUACUUUUUGCGUUUCUUUGAACAGUGAUUUAGCAUAUAUUUGUGCUUCUUUCUAUUGUUUUUUUUUUACAUUUGAUGAAACUGAUAAAACACAGAUGUUGCGUAUUGAAAUCUGCAAAAAAAAAUGAAUAAAUUCUCGAAAAAAUAAAAUAUCAAUAUGGUGAAUUUUUUUUUUGCCUACCCAGACCUCAAAUGUUUGAGUUAUGAGGUGAAAGAGCAAACAGCUACAGUUUCUUGGCUCGCAUUAGUGCCUUUGUUUUUGGCCUCUGUGUACAGCAUGGUCCAAAAAGCAUGACAACACAGUCCAGAAAUGUGGACAU